UUCACAUUCACACCAAAUGCACACAGACUGUGCUGAUGGUUUCAGAGCAGCAUUUCAUGUUAUUUUCUUUGUGAACACGCCUGCAGCGGUACAGGUGAAGGCUUUUAAAGGUCAUACUAAUUUGUUUUAAACUGAACUGUAUUAAAGAGGCCAUAUUAUGCUUAUCUUCAUACUCGUAUUUAGGAGGUCUGCUGUAAUAGGUUGUGGGGGUGUAAAUGUUAAAAAACAAAUUAUUUUUGGCAUAUUAGCCAUUGCUGCAGCAAAGCAUACCAGGCAUACCAUAAGGCCCUCCCUCCCAAAAGAUGAGAGCAGCCCAUCUAGGUACUUUGGCCCCGAUCAAACCCCCACCUGCUGCAAAUUCUGUGGUUUUUGGCAAUUUAAUACCAUAAAAUAAGGUUACUGUAUUGCUUUUUAGCUAUUAGGAGCCCAAAUCCUAUGGCCAGAAAAUAAUUAGGUUAUGUUGAAUUGAAUUGAAUUGUUGCAGACAUAUAGUAGUUGAUGCAUGUCCUUUCAGUCCGUUUCCAUCACAGUGGACGGACCUGACAUAUACAACUACCUUUUUGAAUCUCAUAUUUCUGACAUCUGUCAAUUCAAUUCAAUUUUAUUUGUAUAGCGCCAAAUCAUAGCAGAAGUUAUCUCAGGACACUUUUCAAAAUAGAGUAUUUCUAGACCAUGGAGAGCUUUGUAGGUGAGGAGGAGGAUUUUAAAUUCUAUUCUGAAUUUUACAGGGACCCAGUGCAGAGAAGCUAGUACAGGAGAGAUGUGAUCUCUUUUCCUGAUCAAAGAUAACUCCAAGAUUCCAGAUAGUGGUGCAAGAGGCCAAGGUAAUACCAUCUAGAGCAGGGGUGCCCAUUACGUCGAUCGCGAUCUACCGGUCGAUCGCAAAGUGGUGUGGGUAGAUUGCAUGGCAUUUAAAAAAAAAAAUAGACAUCAGCCUAUCAUCCAUUCUAACGUCUGACCGUUUCUGACACACCGGUCAACGCGCAUGCACGCUCAACAGCGUUAGUUACUAUGGCAAUUAACGUUAAUUAUGGCAACAUUCCAGCAAGCUAGGGAGUUGCCCAGUUAGCGUAACUUAUUUCUAUAGUACUAAACUUAAGAAAUGAUAUAAAAAUGAGUGGGGGAGCUGGACCAAGUAAAAAGCCCAAAACCUACCACUUCCAUACGGAAUGGGAGGAGGACUUUUCUUUCACAAUGUCCUAUUCGAAGUGCGUUUGCCUCAUCUGCAAAUCUACCAUUGCUAUUCCGAAGAAGGGAAAUGUGGAGCGGCAUUUUCGGACUAUACAUAAAAGCUACAACACUGACUUUCCACCAAAAAGCGAACUGAGAAGGAGAAAGGUGAAAGAACUAAAAUCCCAGUUGUCCGGACACCAGGCCUUUUUCUCACAGCUUACCACAAAAGCGAAGACCACCACCGAAGCAUCGUUCCGGGUGAGUCACGUCCUCGUUAAAAAUAAGAAAUCCUUCCAAGACGGAGAGAUGAUAAAAGAGGCAUUCGUUGAAGCGGCUGAAUCGUUGUUUCAAGACUUUAAAAACAAACCAGAGAUGGUAUCUUCAAUCAAAGCUCUCCAGCUGUCAAGAAGUACAGUUACAUGUCGCUGUGAAGCAAUGGCCGAGGAUGUGACCCAGAAACUUUGGAGGGAUAUAGCGGACUGCGAGUGUUUCUCACUGCAAUUGGAUGAGUCUACAGACGUGAGUGACACAGCCCAGUUGUGCAUUUUUAUUCGUAUGGUGUUUACCGAUAUGAUUGCAAAAGAGGAGCUGUUAACAGUGCUGCCAAUGAAAGAACACACACGGGGAGAGGACAUUUUUCAGUCUUUUAAAAACUUUAUUAAGAAAACUCAGCUCCCAGUGUGGAAAUUGGUGUCCAUCACCAUGGACGGUGCGCCCGCGAUGAUUGGCCGCUCGAAUGGAUUUAUUGCCAAGUGCAGGGAGGAUGAUGCCUUCCCCGACUUCCUCAAUUACCACUGCAUUAUACACCAACAAGCGUUAUGCGCAAAAAUGCUGAACAUGAAAGAGAUAAUGGAUGUGGCAAUGAAGAUCGGCUGUUCUAUUCGCGGCAGAUCUCUUCAAAGACGGCUGUUCUGUGUGGAUCUGGAGAAGGCAGACUGCGACCACACUGAAUUGUUGCUACACACUGACGUGAGAUGGCUUAGUCGAGGGAAAUUCCUGCAAAGAUUUCGAGAGCUCUGUCCGGAGAUUAAAGAGUUUCUCCUUGCAUCUAGACAUGCAGAAUACACCCAACUAAAUGAGGACCAGUGGCUACUAGACUUAGCAUUUUUAACCGAUCUGACCAACAUGUUGAAUGACCUCAAUGUUGAGUUGCAAGGAAAAGACAAAACAGUGGUCAAUAUGAUCAGCUCAGUUAAUGUGUUCAAACGAAAAAUGCAACAUCUGGGCUCAAAGCUGCAGCGCCAUGAUUUGGCAAACUUCCAGAACCUCGUAUCAGAACUGGAGAGGCAAGGGAAGGCCUGUGCGCAACUUGACAGUGGACGCUACACAGUGCAGAUUGAAAACCUUCUGUCAGACUUUAACAAACGGUUUCAAGACUUUGCUUUAUUGGAGCCAGUCGCUACAUUCAUGUGCUACCCAUUUCGGGAGAAUGCUGAUGUUGAUUUACUCGCAUCAGAAAUUGCAACAGUGUUUCACCUGAACUCGUCUGGAGUGGAGGAUGAGAUCCUGACACUACAAGCUGACAUUGAGCUCAAGUCCAGGGCUCAUGGACAGUUCUGGAACUUACUCACAGAGGAAAAGUACCCCAACAUGAGGAAAUGUGCUACCUCCUUGACUGCAUUGUUCAGCUCUACUUAUUUAUGUGAGUCAGCCUUUUCCCACAUGAAGAUUAUUAAGUCCAAAUACCGUUCCACUAUGACUGAUCAUUUGGAAGUGUGCUUCAGCAGCUACUGUCCGGACUAUGCAUCCCUGGCUGACUCCAUUCAGUGCAAGUCAUCAGCGUGAGAUUGCACCCAGGAACUGGCAAAUCAGUCCCCGCCCAGGUGGACUCCUUUUAUGGUCAAGUUCCUUGGGGAAUGUGCCAAGUGUAAUAUACAUGAGGGGGAGAUUUAGGAGGCGUUUCGGAGAUUUGUGAUUUUUUUGAGAUUUUGAACAGUUGGCAUCUAUUUUACUCUUUUGAUAUGUGUUGUGAGUUCUUUCUACUGUUAUACUUAUAAAACUUAACUAUUUGGUAUUAGAUAAAUGAAUAUGUUAUUGUUGUUGUUAUCUUAAUUGUUUCAUCCUGUGGUAGGAGGAAGUUGCCAGGGGCCCCAGUUUAAAAGGGGUAUGGAGAUCAGAGUUGAGGUUAUUUUUGAUACCUCUAGUUACCUUUUUCCUAAGUUGUUUCCAUUCAUUUUCAUUUUUAUUUUGCUUGUUGUUUUCUCUUCAGUUUGGGCCAAGCUGACCCUCACUGUAAAUAAGCUGCACUGAUCCACUGCUUGGAAAAAAAGGGAAAUAAAAAUUUGGACUGAC